AUGGCUCCUCCCACAACCCUCAAUUUCAUCACCGGCAACAAAAACAAACUUAUCGAGGUGAAAGCUAUUUUGGGUGAUACCAUUGAUCUCCAAAGUCAAUCUCUCGACCUCGUUGAGAUCCAAGGGACAAUUGAGGAAGUCUCCAGUGACAAAUGUCGCAGAGCUGCUGAAAUUAUUCAAGGUCCAGUACUAGUUGAGGAUACAUGUUUAUGUUUCAAUGCAUUGAAGGAAUUGCCUGGUCCAUAUAUUAAAUGGUUUAUGGAUAAAAUAGGCCAUGAUGGACUGAACAAUAUGCUUGCUGGCUUUUCAGAUAAAUCUGCACAAGCAAUAUGUACAUUUGCCUAUUCUGAAGGCCCAGGUCAUGAACCUAUUAUCUUUCAAGGAAGAACGGACGGCAAGAUCGUACCUGCAAGAGGUCCAGCUGCAUUUGGCUGGGAUCCUAUUUUCGAGUAUGAAGGUCAAACAUACGCCGAGAUGGAGAAAGUUGAGAAGAACAAAAUCUCUCAUCGUUUCCGAGCACUCGAGAAAUUAAAGACAUGGCUGCAAGAAGAAGCAUAG